AGUCUUCGGAAUGGUCGCUUUUUAAAUUUCUGAAGUUUAGACAGAAUGAAGAUACCUGGACAGCGGAUAAGCAGAAAGAACAUUCUACGUAUAUUACGACCUUAAGUAAGAUAGCAAGAAAUGGAUCAAGCAAACAACAACCUAUAGCAGUUUCUGCUCUGGACACUUUUGAAAGAGACGAGGCAAAUACUAAAGAAGUAACAGAAUUUUGGGAAGAUGUGGAGAAGGAGCAAAAUGUCAAAAAAUUGGAAAAUGUUCUUGAAGAUUUAAAUAAUGCAUUCACUGUGGGGCGUACAUUGGAACACAAUAACUAUAUUAAUGAAGAUGAUUUUGAACCGAUAGAGCAAAUCACAAAAAAAGAACAACAUCGAACUAGAAGCGGAAGGAAAAUUCCAGACUACCGUGAAAUGACCUCCAGUUCAUCUGAAGGAGAUAAUAAUGCAAGUUUCGAUCAUGAACUGCCGGGCAUUAAAGAAAAAACAUCAUCAAUCCGUUCAACCAAAAGGAUAAAGUCAAACGGCCAAGAGCAGUCAGUCAACGAGGAUAAACUCCAAAUACCAUCGGGAUAUUCUACACCAUCACCACAAUCAGGACCACCAGAACACUCAAUACCAAUUGAAUCUAUGGAAGAACCAUAUAUGCGAUUGGGGAAUAAUAUCUUUGAGGAAGAUUAUUAUAAUAAUGACAUUGUGAUUAUUGAUGAUAUGGAUGAACUAUGCUUUGAGGAUGGGGACCCAGCAGACGAUUAUAAGUUAGGAGAGACUAAUGUGUCUCAGUUAUUCCGGAGGUAUCAGAAUGAGUCAAUAAAGAUUGCAAAGACUGGGGGUUUAUUCGUUGAAUCAAACGUACACGAAAUACUGUCGCUAUCUUCUAUUUUUCUGCUUACCCCGGGUUCUCACUCAAAUACGAUGAUCAAUAUAUUUAGUUCAACUUUACUUAAUAAAAUUCAUCAACAAAUCACCCCAGCACAACAAAUAGAACUAGAUUCAGAGUGCGAAUCAAAAUUUAGGAAAGUGAUCAAGCAAGCGAUUAAAGAGUCACGUUACAAUGCCACAAAAUUGCUUUUAGCAGAGCUUUCAAACAAUCAAACUUUGAAUGAAAACUUGGGUUCCGUGAUCUUGAAAGGCCUGGAAAUAUUACCUGGUGAUAAGCUUAGGAAUGAACCUAGCGAAAUAACACUUAUCACAAAUUAUUUGGACUAUAUUAUGAAGAGUACAUUUCAUGAUCCAGACAAACAUAUCGUCCAAUGGCCAAAUACGGCUUUGAAUGAAAGUAAAUCACGAAAGUUCGAGGGACGAACCAAGCAACCAGAUUUCGUGGUCUCGAUUAUUCAUCAAUUUCAAACAGUUGCCGUUGUUUUUGUAGGUGAGGUUAGUCCUCCAUCACAAAAAAAUAACGUAUAUAAAAACUGCGGUGAUCUGAUUCGGCUUGGUGUCUUCAUGAAAGACUGUAUGGAUUUCGCGAUAGAUAAAGGUGCCGAUAUUAAUGUAAUUGGUUUUCAAUGUGUCGAAAUACUUUUGGGCAUACAAGAGAUUUUUAAAAAAUCCUUGGGUACUUUGUACGAUAAGUUCUGCAACCCGAGUUUACCAUCAGCAAAGGCAAUGUUCAAACGUGAUACCCUUAGCACACCAAAAUUCAAUCAUCUUGUGAGCAGAACACGCGACUGUCACAGAAUUUGUCCAUUCUGGUUUGGACGUUUUUAG